AUGCCAAAAAUCAAAUCAAAAUCAAAACUAAGAACCGCGCUACUUAAACUUCAACAGGAGAAGUUAAUUCGAGAUAAACGAAUAAAUAACAAUAUACGCGACAACCGAAACCAUACUGGCAAUAAUAUCAUAGGUAGAAACACCUCAAAAGCCAAGCAUAAUAAAGGCAAUGACAAGAAUGUCAAGAUUUUGAGGCCACGACCACCUCCCUAUAAGCAAGGCGAAUCAAUCUUGUUGGUUGGAGAAGGAAACUUUAGCUUUGCAUGCUCCCUCGCAGAACACAUUCUAACCACGGGGGAAACAAUCACUGCGACCUCAUACGAUAAUGAAGAGCUAGUUUAUGAAAAGUAUGAGGAUGCGCGUGAGAAUAUUAAAAUCCUUCGAGAGUACGGUGCAACAGUGUUGUUUGAGAUCGACGGUACUCUCUUGGAGAAAUAUAAAGUCCUCAAGGGAAAACGAUUUGAUAAGAUUAUAUUUAAUUUCCCACAUGUCGGAAUGGGCAUAAAAGAUAAAGAUCGAAAUAUUCUCGCAAAUCAAAAACUUUUACAAGGCUUUUUUUCCUCCUCGUCAAAAUUUCUCAAAUCUAGCGUACUCCACCCAGCUGAAGAUGUAGCUGAUGGAGAAAUCCACGUCACCAUGAAAACAGGACCACCAUACGAUGAAUGGAAUAUCCGAAAGAUUGCAAAGAGCACUGGCAUUUUAGUAAUAAAAGAGACAAUUCCGUUUCUGGUGGAUCAGUUUCCUGGGUAUCAGCAUCGAAGAACUUUGGGAUUUAAGGAUGGAAUGAGCAAAUGUGGGAACGAAGAGAAAGGUGGCGGUGGACGAUUCUCAAAUACGGGAAAUUAA